GUGAGAGAGGCGGGGUGCAGUGUGAGAUGGACUAUGAUACAAGGGCGAGCGGGGUGCCGGGCCGAUCGGCUUUCGUCCCAGGACGGUCAUGGUGUUGCGUGGCAUCAGGGUGGUGGAGCUGGCGGGCCUGGCCCCGGGGCCGUUCUGCGGGAUGGUCCUGGCGGACUUCGGAGCUCAGGUGGUGCGUGUGGACCGGCCGGGCUCCAGGGGCGACGUGAGCCUUCUGGCCCGGGGCAAGCGCUCGCUCGUGCUGGACCUGAAGCGGCCGCGCGGAGCCGCGGUGCUGCGGCGCAUUUGCGCACGUGUGGACGUGCUGCUGGAGCCCUUCCGCUGCGGCGUCAUGGAAAAACUCCAGCUUGGGCCAGAAACUCUACUGAAGGACAAUCCAAAGCUCAUCUAUGCCAGACUGAGUGGAUUCGGCCAAUCGGGAAGUUUCUCCAAGGCAGCUGGCCAUGACAUCAACUAUGUGGCUUUGUCGGGUGUUCUGUCAAAGAUUGGCAAAAGUGGUGAUAACCCAUACCCACCUUUGAAUCUCCUGGCUGACUUUGCUGGUGGUGGCCUGAUGUGCACACUAGGCAUUGUGCUUGCUCUCUUUGAACGCACACGUUCUGGCCAAGGUCAGGUCAUUGAUGCGAACAUGGUGGAAGGAACGGCAUACUUGAGUUCUUUCCUGUGGAAGACUCAGCACAUGGGGCUGUGGGAACAGCCUCGAGGACAAAACCUGUUAGAUGGCGGGUCACCUUUCUAUACAACCUACAAGACUGCAGAUGGAGAGUUCAUGGCUGUUGGCGCAAUAGAACCCCAGUUCUACAAGCUGCUGGUCAAAG